AAAGCGAACCGUUCACCACCUUGCGCAGGUGUUCGAGUUCAGAAGCGCACUGGAUAGCCUGUACACCCGCUACCUGGGUCACCGGCUGUGCCAGGGCGGCUUCACUGGCUCGGUGAUUGCCCAGGAGUUCCCCGAUAACAUGGUGAAAGUGCGCAAGGUGAUUCUGACGCCCAGCCGACGCGUGUACUUGCCUCCGCAGCUGGUCUGCAAGAGCCGGCUGCUGCAGCACUUCGACACCGAGUUCGCGCUGCGUGUUGUGGUGCGUGACGACGACUGCAAGCUCGUGUCUUUCUCACUCGGGGCGUGCAAGGACGACUUUGUCAACGCGGUCAUCAAGCCGCCCUUAACGCACGGCUUGAAGAUCGGUGGCCGGCACUUCGUGUUCCUGGGAUGCUCGACCAGUCAGCUGCGAAGCCACGGUGUCUGGUUCUACGCCCGAGACACGGAGGGCCGCACCGCCGACUCGAUACGCAUGGGUGUCGGUGAUCUGUCGGCAAUCCACAGCGUUCCCAAGCUCAUGGCACGGCUUGGGCAGGCCUUCUCCCAGUCGCUGGGGUAUCUUACUGUGCCAAGCCAGUUCACGAGCAUUGAGCCAGACAUCAAGAAAAUGAUAGCGACCUGCAGGUCCGGAGAGACCCUGCAGCGAGAGUACGUGUUUAGCGAUGGCAUCAGGCGCAUCUCGCACGUCUUGCUGCGCAAGGUACACCGUGCUCUUGAACUUGAGGAAGGCGAGGAACCCUGCGCCGUGCAGAUUCGUUACGGCGGUUGCAAGGGCAUGCUGCUUCUCGAUCCGACGCUGGCCGGACGAAGGAUCGUCUUUCGUCAGAGCAUGUGCAAAUUCAUGCUCAGAGCAUGUGCAUGUGCAUGGAUACCGAGGUCGGAACGUACUCUCGAAGGUGUACUGUACCUGAACAGGCCCAUGAUCACCAUCCUUGAACAGAGCGGCAUAAGGGCGAAGGUGUUCCUCACGCUACAAAACCACAUCCUCGACUCCUUCAUCGACAGUAUGCUCGACCCGCACGAAGCCGCUCAGGUCCUAUGCACGUAUUCUGCAAUGCGACUUCCAUACAAGGAACUUGCUGGUGUUGGCGUCGACCUCACCGUGGAGCCAUUCUUUCGAGCGUUAGUCCGUGCUGUCAACAGGAAGGCUCUGAAGGAACUGAAGACAAAGGCUCGCAUCUUGGUUCCGCCUGCCUUUGGUCGCACCAUGUUCGGCGUGCUGGACGAAACGGGCACACUCAAGUACGGCCAGGUGUUUGUACAGUACUCGAACGAUAUGCUGCGAUACAAGCUCAAUGAUCCUGCGACGAUCUUGGAAGGUGACGUCAUUGUGACGAAGAACCCGUGUAUGCAUCCCGGUGACAUCCGCAAGCUGACCGCUGUGAACGUGCCCCAGCUGCACCACGUGCGUGACUGCAUUGUCUUUCCGGCCAAGGGAGACAGACCGCAUCCAGAUGAGAUGGCGGGCUCUGACCUCGAUGGCGACGAGCACUCUGCGCUCUGGUAUGCUGAUCUCGUCUUCAGGACAAACUGCAGCCCGAUGCACUACUACAGCGAUCCACCCCGUGAGCAGAAAACACCGAUUCAGACUGUCCUACUGGUGCAGGACAUGAUUGACUUCUUCUGCAAGUACAUCAUGGGGGACAAGAUCGGCCUCAUAGCGAAUGCGCACCUCGUGUGGGCGGACUUGCUGGACGCCGGCAUCAAUUCGCGCCGCUGCCGCGAUCUGGCGCGCAAGUGCUCGGUCAACCUGGACUUCGCAAAGUGCGGCGUUGAAAGGGUUCCAAAACUGGGCGAGAAGCCACCCAUGUACCCGGACUUCAUGGAGAAGCAGGGCGCCAAGAACACGUACUGCUCGCGAAAGGUCCUGGGCCAGCUGUACAGGAACUGCAAGAAGGUUGAGCUGAGCACCGAGUACCUGGACGUUGUAGAGAACACGUUACCUGAUCCGCGGUUGCUGCUGGAAGGACGAGAAGCUUUCUUGAAAGAAGCCAGGACUUCCUACCGAAGGUACGCGAUGAAGAUUCGGGCACUGCUGAAGUCGUACCGCAUCGAACGCGAGAGCGAAGCCCUCUCCGGUGCAGUGUCCAAGUUCAGCAUGUUCGUGCAAGAGAAGAGCGACCCCACGGACGUGUGUAUGGUUCUCGAGAGCCAAGUGGAGCACGUGAUUCGCAAGACGCGCGAGGAAUUCUUCUCUCACACUGUCAGCCAACUGCAGGAGAACUUGAAGGCCUCGGCGUGGUACCAGGUGUCCCGUUCACUCUCUCAAGACAUGCAGCCGCACAAGCUGGUCAUUCUGUGCCUGCGUUUCGCCUGCGCUUGGUGCCUGAAGAUUUUCCAGGGGGGCAGCGAUGGAGAGGUGAUCUCGAAGGAGUGUAGACGUCGCUACAGGCUUGGUCAUCUGGCGCUCAUUACGCUUAACCGCCUCUCCAUGUCUGGGAACCUUGCCUACCUGCGCCAGGUUCCUGAAGGAAACGUUUUCACCGAGAUAGUCAGAGUUUGCGGCUGA